CGGAAACCCAGACAACACCGCUCCUUUUCGCUGUCUCACUUGUACGUAUACUCGCUCUCAUACCCUGAUUCUGCAUUGCUCCUAUAAAGCUAUUGGAUAUUGAAGCUUCAUGAAAAAUUCCUGGGAGGUCAUCCCGGCACGCCAAGCUCAGCGAUGUGUUCAGCUCAAGGGCUCUGUUGCAUGGAAAGCUGCGAGUGUUGUAACGCUUGGUACGGUUGGGAUGCUCUCGAAAGCUUUUCUCUACGGCACACAAUCGGUCACGACACAUGGCCGAGAGGCAUUUGUCAAGAUGCUUCAGACUCGUAAACGGCCAGUCAUCUCUGUCUGUAAUCACAUCAGCGUAAUGGAUGAGCCGCUCCUGUGGGGCGUGAUGCCCGCCAAAACGCUCUUCAAUCCGACGCAUGUGCGCUGGUCGAUGGGCAGUGCUGACAUUUGUUUCACCAACAAGGUCCUAUCUACCUUCUUCUCCUCUGGGCAGACAUUGGCCACAUACAGGCACGGCGCAGGCAUGUUCCAGCCAGCUCUCGAUGAUGCCAUCACCCUUUUGAGCCAAUCGAAUGCGUGGCUGCAUGUCUUCCCAGAAGGACGCAUACGACAGUCCAAAGACUACUCAAUGCGAUACUUCAAGUGGGGCAUUUCUCGAAUUGUCCUUGAGACGGCCAUGCUCGGCGAGCUACCCAUCAUUGUCCCCUUCUUCAUUGAAGGCUUCGAUCAAGUCAUGCACGAGAGUAGAGAAUGGCCACGGUUCUUGCCUCGUGUCGGUAAGAAGAUUACAGUCACCUUUGGCGAACCCAUCGACGAUGCCAUCAUCCAGCCAUAUGUCGACAAGUGGCAACAGAUGGUGGCAGAAGCGCGGCAAAUAUUUCCGGACAAUGAGGAUGACCCUCGAUUGGUGCCUUUUGCGCUGAAUCACUCACAAGCAGCGAAAGACAUCCGGCGUGAGUUGGCAAAGGAGCUACGUGAUGCUGUCUCCAAGCUGCGACUCCAAGCAGGGUAUCCGGCAGAGAAUCCACAUGCACACGAUGCACGGUAUUAUUUGUCGGAUGAAGGCUACGAGUAUGAUGUUGUGCAAGGUGGUGUCCCGCGUCCGGCCAUCUUCAAGAAGAAGGAUGCUGGCGGCGAGGAUGUCAUUGAGAAGGACACAUUCACGUAGAUGCUCUUGUGUGCAAAGUAAAAAUGCCAUACAUAUACAGGACUUUGGGAGAGGUCG